AGACCCCAAACAUGAGGACGUGGAUAUUCCUGUUGGCAUUAUCAUUUGCUAUUGCUGCUGGUCUUCCGAGCGACCAACCCGGAAUCAGCCGAAGCCGCACACCCCGUCUCCGCCCGGUGGUCCACCGACUUUACGUCCGCAAAAAAGCAACGCCGCAGCGCCGCGACGAAGGCCGGAUCACGGAGCGACAAUUACAAUAUUGUGGUCCCAACGAAGUCGUUGGAGCUCAUGGAAGAUGCGAGAGAGCACACAUCACCAAAAACGUUUAUGCCUUUACAGCUCCAAAAUACAGACGACAAGUUCUCCCGGCUAAAGCUCCUGAGCCUAAACUAGAUCUAAACGUAGUGUUCGUCAAGACUCACCCCAAUGAUGUUCACCCUAAACCCCUUGUUGUUCCUGCCAUCGAACAAAAAACAGUUGUAUAUGUAUUGAGUAAACGUCCUACUAUAAACCAGCAGCUUAUUCAGGUUCCAGAACAAGGACCCACAGAACCAGAAGUGUUCUUCGUGAACUAUGGAUCCGGUGAAAAUCCCAUUUUACCUGGAGGAAUCGACCUACAAACAGCUUUGAGUCAAACUCCUUCUCUAGGACAUUCAUUGUCAUCUGAUGCAAUUGUCCUACCUCAACAAGGAAAUUUUCUCUCGCAAUAUUCGCAAGAUUACAGCUCAGAAGAUUACAGCCAAAGAAAUUCUUUCAGUAAAAGCACAGUUCGACGAGGUAUACCCUCAACCCUGUACGAAACGCAACCAACUGAUCAGUAUCAGAGCAUUGUAAGCGUUCAACAGCAGUCACCUUUUUCAACUCAAAAUCAAUUUGUGACUCGAGGUGUUAAUGCUUUUGAGGAGAGAAAUCAGUCAACCCUUUAUUUCGAUCAUCACACAGUACCUCAUAAAACUGAUACACUGUUUAAAGCCUCAGUAAAACAGUCGUACGAAAAUCAUUACGGUGUGCCAUGGAAUGACUUCCACAGCCGCAACGCAAGCCACAUAGGCACUUUUCCAAAAUUACAGAACAUAUCCUUGCCUUCAACGCCUAAUCAAUAUGAAACUCCAUCAAACAAUCUACUGCAAGAUUCAUCCACUGUGGUUCAACCGCUACAGCCUGUCGAACUGAAGCAACAAAAUUCGCUCAGCAUUGAAAAAGCAAAGCGACAGGGAAGUGUCGCUUCGCUUCCUUAUGCCUUCAAACCAGCGUAUCAAGAAGUCCCUCCUCGCAACGUUUCCCAAACAAGAGGAAGUUUCAAGCCUUCUUCCAGCCUAUCGAGUGGACAGUCCCCAAGUUCAGUAGCCGAAGACUUCGUUCCCGUGCAAGGCAGAGGGCAGUACGCGCCGGUAACGAGCAACAUUCAGUUCAACGGGAAUGACGGAACAGCUACACUUGGGAACCAAGAAAAUUUGCCCCCACUUAUACAAAAGUUGGAGCCAGCGCAGUGGGAUUUCGUCCCUCCGGUAAAAUCUAAAAUUAAAUAAUGAAGUUACAUUUUUGACGGAUUUGAUGGAAGCACGCACAACACUUAAAGGUCUAAUCAUUUAAUCGAGAGAUUCGGGACUAAUAUUUCAUGUUGCCUUAGCGAAAGUCGUUUUAAGGCAGCGCUUGAUGCGCUUAAACAGGCUGAUUUGAUGAAAAAAAAUUCGAUUGAAAGAAUACGUUUGCAUUUUUCUACGUAGAGCGUAAUUUGUAAAUAAAAUAUAUAUUUUUCAGAGAAAAUUUGUUAGAUUUAAAGAUUGUUAGUUUAAUAAUAGUUUAAUUUAUCGAGUGCAUUUAUAAAUCUUAGUCCAAUCUUCAAAAUUUAUGAUUGCUUAAGGUAUGCAUUAUUAAAUUUGAUCAUAAUUAUAUCCCUGGCAAAUUUUUCGUUCCGAUAAUUUUAGAUCUGAUUUAUAUGAUUUAUUUUCGGCUAUAAUUGUUCCGUUUGGAUGUCGUUUUGUAUUAAUUUUGAAUGACAAUUCCGUAUCUUGCUUCAAGUUUUGGGAAGGCCACUUCGCGAAACCCGCCAUUGUGGUAAUUUUUCUUCCACUUAUUUUAUACUAUUUAUUUAGAUUAUUUACGCUAAUUUUUCUGCCAAUAAUGUUAUGCUAUUUAUUUAGAUUAUUAUGCUAAAUAAAAUAUUUUUUGUGGUAUUAACGUAAUUAGUUCUACUGAUAGAAUAUAAAUUAUUUCCAUUGCUAAUGAUGAUUUCUUUUGUGUGAUAGCAGUCUGUUAACUCACUUGGGUGUGAUAUUAAUAUAUGCUUCAUGUUCUAGGUGGCAAUUUUGCAAUGAAUAUUCCACGCAUCAUUAAUAAUUUUUAUUCUCAACAAAAAGCUAAAAUUCAACGAAAUGGCACCCAUAAAAUAUUAUAAUAAAGUGUUUUUUCUUUAAAUCGAUCAGGUUAAUUGUCCCAAACACACCACCUCUUCGCUUCAUCGGCCUCUUUAACAAUGCUUAGCACAUAUUUAGUCACCUCCAUACAUUUAUAUGGACCUAUUAAUAAUUAAAGAUGUAUUUUUUACUUAGUAAAUUUGAAGAAAAUUAGGUUGAAAGUGCACUACUCACCCUUUGGGAAGCGUCUACCUAGCAUGUGGUUGAAUAUCUUCAACCGUAUUCACACAUUUCUUAAUAUUAUCUACUCCCAUCCGUCACACACUUCAGAAUAUAUUAUAAUACUAAAAGUAUUAUAAUAUACUUUAUAAUAUGGUCAUGGUGGGGUCAUGU